UUUGCAGUGCAGUUUGUCACCGGAUUUCUGCGCAAACAUCACUAAUAAUCAUUCCUCUCUUGGUGCACGCAUGCCGGCGUUUUUUUUUCUUUUUUCUUUUUGCGGAUUCAAGCUUCACUGAGCAGAUGCAAGCACUUCUGUGCGCUUUGUGCACACUGCAGCCAAAGGAAUAACGCAUCAUUUAGACGAUCGUGUUGGAAUUAUUAACUCAUUUUGCACUGCGCGCUCUGCGCUUCCAAGCGCCAGCAAUCUGGGAUUUUGGUGGUGAAAUCGACACGGUGGUGAAAAACCCACAGAGAGCCUUCACCCUCCAGCCCUCAGCAUACCGGGGCAGGACGGGAGCCGGAUCGCGAUGACUCCGAGCGCCGCCACGAUCCUGCUCCUGGUGUGGUGCCUGCACGCCGGAGCGUCCUCGGCAGCAUCCCUGCGCGCGCCUGGAGAUGCCAUUCUAGGACCAGAAGAUUUGGAGGGUGUGACAAACUUUAGCACCUUCCUCCUAAACCGUAUGUCGGGCGUGCUUUACCUUGGUGCCAGAGACGCCAUACUGGCUGUGGACACCAACAAAGUGAAAGAGCGUCCACUAAAGAUAAAAUGGGAUGUACCAAAGGAUAAGAAGACGUUGUGUAUGGGAAAAGGAAAGUCGGAGGAAGACUGCAAUAACUACAUCCGUCUUUUGGAGUUUUUAGGAGAUGACCGAAUCUACGUGUGCGGCACUUAUGCCUUUGACCCUCAGUGUGCUUUUUUGGAGCUACCCUCCUUCACUCUAGAGGAAACUGAAAAUGGUGGGAUAAAGUUGGAGACUGGGAAGGGCAAGUGUCCCUUUGAGCCCAUGCAGCACUUUACGGCUGUAAUGGCAGAUGGUACUCUGUAUACAGCAGCCACAAGUAACUUCCUGGGAACGCAGUUUGACAUCUCCCGGGCGACGGGACCCGAGCAGGAGCGCAUCCGCACGGAACAAUCCAUCAACUGGCUCAGCGACCCAGAGUUUGUGAGUUCAGCCUUCAUAAAGCAGUCUCCAACAAACAACCCUACUGGAGAUGAUGACAAAAUCUACUUCUUCUUCACUGAGGUGGUCAGGGAGAAUGACCUGUACACCAAGGUCCAAAUCUCCAGGGUAGCUCGUGUCUGCAAGUCUGACGUGGGAGGGCUGAAGACUUUGCAGCGACGUUGGACCACCUUCCUCAAGGCUCAGCUGGUGUGUGAGGACAAACCCAGUGGGCAGCGCUAUAACAUCCUGACCGACGUCUUCACCGUGCAGCACACACCAGAAGACCCCAGCAGCACACACUUCUAUGGACUGUUCAUGUCCCAGUGGGAGCGCGAGGCAGUAUCGGCAGUCUGCGUUUUCAGCUUGUCUGACAUUAGUGUGGUAAUGGAUGGACCCUUUAAGGAACUGAAGAAAAACUGUGACUCCUGGAUUAACCCUGAACCUGUUCCUGCACCAAGACCUGGCCAGUGCCUGAACAAUGCGUUGAAGGCAGACGGGUGUGACUCAUCCUUAAAACUCCCUGACAAGGUGUUGACUUUUGUGAGAGAUCACCCGCUGAUGGAGAACAGUGUCGCCACGGCACCCCUGCUGGUCCGGCAGGGAAUCACAUACACCAAACUGGCUGUGACGCGGAGCGGCAGCGGGAAGGCGAGGAAAGGAACAGUGUUGCACCUUGGAACAGAUCGUGGGGAGCUCCACCGGGUGGCAGUAGUGGACCAGAGAGCCACCUUACUGCAGGAGCUCUCGCUGUUCACUGCACAGGAGCCUGUCAACAAUAUAUUACUGUAUAAGGGCUGGGCACUGGUGGGCAGCCCUCGGUCUCUGGCUCGCGUGCAGGCUGAAGGCUGUGCUGUGUAUAACAGUUGUAAGGUUUGUGCUGCAGCCAGCGGACUGGGCUGUGUGUGGAGCAACGCGGAAAAAACCUGCACAGCCACAGAGGCUGAGCCUGAUUCAGGUGAUACUGUCGACGCCGCCUUGAAGAAGUGCAACAUUUAUGAGGGGCGGUGCUCGCCGUCCAUCACGGAGAUCCAGGUGUCCAGUGGACUGCACCUCGUGUUGCCAUGCGUCCAGCUCUCCUCCAUGCCGUGUAGCUGGGACCAUCCUCCCCACAGACACACCAGGCAACACCACUCUGACCUUCACCUGACUGUGUCUGAGGAGACCGUGGGGAAAUACAUCUGCACCUGCCAGGAAGCGUGGCCGGGUAAAAGAGACCCUGUUCCCUGCCGCAGGGCGUUCUAUCAGCUGACACUAGAGGGCCCCAUUGCAGGAGGAUCGUUUGCGAGGGCUGGAGGUCGUGACCGCGUGGCUACCUACAUCCUCACCUUCUGCGCUGGUGUGCUGCUGAGUGUGUUCGUCAUGUUCUACAUAAACCGCCGCUGCAGCCUCGGCCAUCAGGGCCACCGCCUGCCGGAUAACUCACAGUCCUCAGAAAAGGGGCGGGAACUGCUGGGAUCCUCUGCCACGCCACAGUCACCAAUCAGCACCAGUCUUCUCUCUGACGGGUUCCAGCUGAUGGAAAAACACAACGGAACUAGCACCACGAGCACCACGCUGCACAGUAUCCAGGGCAAUGGUGGUCACCACGGAAACAGCUACAACCUGAUCCAUUGCAACCCCAGUAAUGGCCAUGGGAACGUGCUGCACACCAGCUCCACGUGCAACCGGAGCAGCACGGAGCUGGAUUUCACCAAAGACAUUUUUGCAGGAGAUGGAAGGACAGAGGAAAGGGUGAGGGGCAUGCAGGAGAGGGAGGACAGGGAGUUGGGGGACGACGUGGGCGAUGGGUUGAGGGAUGGAUUAGGUGACAGCGUGAAAAGACUCGAGGAGCUGUCACGCUUUCAGGCGUACAGUUCACCAGCGCCACUGGCUAAGUGUGAGGAGAGCUCAAUAUAAGCCAAAAACAUGCAACAGACUUUCGGAAAAGGAGAGAUAAAUAUAAUAUAUAUUCUGUCAUUUUGCAUUUUUGACUGAUCCGGAUGUUAUGAAGAGAAAAGCAAAACAGCUGCAUCAGAUCAGCCACUGCCAGAUGGGUUUGGACG